AAUCCCUCCUACAUCCUGGUUCCCACCCAUCCCUGUUCCCAUUUCUGUUCCAGACCCCAUGUCCAUCACCACCCCUGUUCCUGUCUCCAUGCCCAUUCCCAGUCCCAUUCCAGUCCCCAUGCCCAUUCCCAGUCCCAUUCCAGUCCCCAUCCCCACCCUCAUCCCCACCUUCAAGCCUCAUCCUUGCCCCGUCCCCAUCCCCCCCCUCCUGCUUCCAGCCCCAUUCCUGUUCCUGUCCCCGUCCCCAUCCCUAUCCACAUUCCCUAUCCCUCAUCCCUGUCCCCAUUCCCACCCCCGUUCCCAACUCCCGCGCCUCUUCAACACCCUGCUCUCCUCCAAUGCCGGUCCCUGUCCCCAUCCCCAUUCCCGUCCCCGUUCCUCCUGCAAGUGCCGCCCCAGGGCUUUCCCGGAAAGCAGCGGAGGAGUCGGGAUAUAAAACACGCCGGCGGCACUGGCACGGCGACUUUCGGUCUCGCCGCUGCAUCCCGAUGAGCCGCCGCUUACUCUCUGUCCUCGCUCUGCCAGUCGGGGCGGCAGUGGCCGCGGCCGCGGCAGGAUGCCAGCUCCUCUGCCAGGAAGCAGAGAUCCCAAGGGAGAAUAAGGCCACUGAGAAUGAGGCAACCAACAGCAGGUGGCGGCUGGGCCUCUGGCAGAAACGCCCCACAGGGAGUGGCAAGCCGUGCGACCUGACCGGCUGGUGGGAGAAUGAUCUGGGCUCCAAGAUGCACGUGCUCGAGGUUGACAGUGAGGGCAAUUUCUCUGGCGAGUACCACACCGCCGUGUCAAGCACUGACAAACCCAUCCAGCCAUCCCCCCUUGUUGGCUCCCAGCACCUGGACAAGGAUGGGCAGUGCACCUUCGGCUUCACUGUCAACUGGAAGAAGUUUUCAGAUUCCACAGCUGUCUUCGUGGGCCAGUGCUUCUCUGGGGACAAUGGGAACGAGGUCCUACAGACCUCUUGGCUGCUGCGGGAGAAGGUGGACUCCCUGCCCAGUGACUGGAAAGCCACCAGGACCGGCCACAACACCUUCAUUCGGACAGGCUGAAAGAAGGGAGAAGUCUCACUCUCACCAGGCCUGGCAGACCAGGAGCCCCUCAGCAGGAUCAGCAUCCCCCGAUGUUAUCAGCUCUGGAGAAAAAUGCUUCAAAAGUACCAUAUAACAUUAAAGAUUUUUCAUUUAAACCAAA